CAUCUAUUUGUGACAUUUUUCAAAUGACGAACAAUUCGGAGAGAUAAUUGCGUUUAUAGAUUAAAAUGAAAUACCCUGUAGUAUAAUUUUGAUGAAAUUGAUUUGCGUUAGAAUAUUGCAGAAUACUGUAUUUCAUUGGAAUUUAUGUCGAUAUGUUGUGUUAAAAUGUCUAAUAUGUGUAUAUAUGAACUCAAAAUUAAAUAACAAACAUAGUUUGAUAAUGUAUGGUUUAGAAAUUAAUCCUCUAUAAAAAUGUGACUUGCUAUACAUAUUAUUCCUUUGUAACCUUCAUAUUGACAUAUUAUGAUUAUAAAGAUCAAUCGUUACAAUUCGACAUAUUUCUAAUUUAAAAAUUAGAGUGUACGUUAUUUAAGAUAACUAAGUGUCAAACUAUUUUUUGAAAAUAAUAUAGUUCCCUUCUCUUCGCUAUCGCCUUACAGUUCUCAAUUUAAAUCUCACCAAAUUUGAACCUAACUUCGAAUGAGAAGUAUCUCUGUAUAUUUUCAUCCCUUAUAUAACAGUAACAAACGAAAACAAAGCUUGAGCGCAACAUAGACGCGUUGUUUCGAAUUCCCCAUGGGGAUCUGAUUGCAAACGAAUGCGGCAGGGGUUACAGUCUCCCUUCAUAGACGAUUAAUCCAGUUUACUCGCAGACGUUGCUUCGGUAUGGGGUUCCUGUAAGCCGAGAAUCCGCACAAACGUCCCUCCCGCGCUUAAAUAUAUUCGAUUACGUGGCUUGGCCCUGGACGGACUCUCUUCUCUUGGCUUUCUUCUCUUUUUUCUUUUCUUCUUUACACUCAGCUUUGUCGCUUUCGGCUAUCGCUUUUUUGACCCCUAUACUACUUUUCAACCCCUUUCGUUACCGUAACUGGAGGAUUCACGCGUUACUGUUUCAUUCCAUGUGAGAUUCACGUUUAUACUGUGUAGUAUGUACAAUGACUGAUAAAAGUAUUCGUACGUCUACCAUAGAAUAUCUUUAUAUGUAUAUUUUGGAUAUUAUACAAAACAUUAGCUAUAAUAAUGCUAAUAUAAUAAUGUUAAGCUUAGCUAACUAUAAUGAGACACGACUGCCAUGAUUAUAUUGGCAAAAUUUGAGUUCAUUCUAAAAAUAUAUAUAGAAGUUACAAAGUAUUCACUGCCAACUUAUAUUAACUAAAAAAUUAGUAUUUACAGUAUAAAUAGCCACUGUAAGUCUUAAGCACAUAAUAUGUGUUAAAGUAUUCAAAAUAGGAAAGUAUAACAUAUAUAAUAUGUUCAUAAAAGACGUCCGCAAUUAUAUGAAAUGUACGAAUACUUUAUGAGCCAUUACAUAUUUUCGGAUAGGAUAGAACACAUUGAGAAUUCGGUAAAUGAAAUACGUGUUUUUUAAACUUUUAAAUAUUGAAAACAUGUAAGAACAGUUUAUUAGCCAUCGUAGUAGAAGCAUGUAUAAAAAUUUCAUUCUUUUAUUUACGACGCUAAAUCAAAAAAACAAAUUGUCUUUGGCUACCCAAAUUAUUAUUUAAUACGUAGAUGUUCGUGCCUAUACAAAUUAAUUUAUUACUCCAUAACAUCACGGAUUUUACUGAAAGAUAUUCCCAUUUCGUCAUAUCCAAGCAAUUCGUUCAAUUUGAAUGCCAUGAAAAGUGUAUAGGGUCUGAAAAAGUUAUUUGUCGAUCCAUCUCUGAUCGUUACAUGGACCGGUUUAAAAUUUUUUUUAUAAAAGAAAAAUGAAGCAAAACACUUAAGAUACAUAGAUAGUACGUGAAGAUCGCACAGAAACAGAAUGAUAAAUUAAUUUUUAUCAACUUUCUGAAUUUGAUGUCACUUUCAGUAUGACAUAGUUGAAAGGGAUACACGAAUACAUACUUACACACAAUUAAUAUUUUUGAAAUACUCAACAUAUGUAUAUUUAAUCUGAAAACUAACUGAUUGAUACUGCAGUGAAUUUAGAAAUUGGUUCUUUACAAAAAUCUGACAUCAUAUUUUUCCCUUGUGCUCUUUAUAUGACACAAACCAUGUUAGAAAGAUUGCAGACUAUAAUUUAGACAAGGGAAACGUAGAUGUGACACAAAUGUUAUUAAAGUGUACAAGUGUAAUAUUUUAAUAAUUCAGAAAGUUUACCAUCAUACAUAUAGGUACGUACAUAAAAUUUUAGAUUUUGGAGUUUUAUUAUUAUUUUAUUAUUAUCAUGUACCUGUGCUCCUUGGAGUUUCGAUUGUGUUUUUAACAGCGCGUUGAACUUUCUUCCGGCGUAAUGUUUCGUGAACAUUAUAAUUCACACUCAUCAUUUUGGAACCGCGAGCUUGCGAAAUUUACAUAUAGAUAUAAAAAUUUACAUAAAUUCAUAUUUUUAUCAAUAUAAUUGGUAAUAUAGAAUCUAUGUAGGAUAUUCUACCUAUCAAAUAUUAUAGAGAGUACUUUAUUCUGGGUAUUUUGUAUAUUCCAUUUUUAAACUGCUUUUUAUGCGAAUUUUGUGUAUAUUUGCAUCUUCAAAUUUUCCAUAAACGCAUAAAAAUCCGCAAUCUACUCAUUGUUUCACAAUGCAUUACCAGCACUAACUAUUCUAUCAAUUUUAUCAAUCUUAAUCUACCUCUAUCAUUAACUCCAACUCAUAAAAGGUCAAGGAUACUCAUCAUGGCGAUUUAUCUUGCAUUUAACGUGGAUUCGAGCAGUUUUCUCGUCUCUUACUUUCUCCCUAUUAUAUGCUCGAUGUAUAGACACGUUCACACACAGAGGUGUAGUGGAAUAGCGUACAGAAAAAUGAGCGAAAAGAAGAGGUUUAGAACCGAAGACAAAGAUGGAGGCACGAAAAAAACAGCAAAAGAGAGAGCGAGAGGGAUAAAAAAAAAGGAGAGUUAAGCCUGCAGGCUGCAGGCAAAGGUAUCAGGCACUGGCAAAGCGAAAGCAGAAGGGAGACAGGCAUCUCGCCCUUCUUUUGUCCCUGAGCCUCGGUCCGAUAUUGAAAUGGAGUCAUUUGAGUGUGAAUAAUUUGCUUUAGCCAGACCACCCCUCCGCUUGCCCCUACUUGCUAUCCUUUCCUUCUCUUCUAUAUUCAUCUCUGUUCGCUGCCAGACUCUCCCUUUUCUCUCUUAUGAGAUCGCCCUUCGACAUUGCCACAUUCCGCGAGUCACGGUUACCGAUUCGUACUUUCUGAUGAUUUUAUGUUAACCCUCCAUAGGCAACCUGGGUCGUUUACACCCCGGGCGAAAUUACAUUCGCGAAUUUCUUGGAAGCGAAAUUGUUAUUUUUUCUAAAAAACCUAUUAACAUUUUACUUAAGAAACGUUUGACAGAGGCAUUAAUAAAUAUCCUAGAAAUUUUCCUGAUAUUUUGAAGGUCUAUUUUGAAGGUCUGAAGAGCAGCAAAAGAGCUUGGCGUUAACAUACGCAACUCAGCUUAUUUACGGCUAAUGCGAAAAUACGUUUGUUCGUAAAGGCUUAAAUCUUCGGAUGAUACGCGAAUUCUCAUAACGGUGCAAAAGUAAGGGUAAGGUCAGUGUUAUUGGUAGAUGACGGAUAUUUAUGCAAUUUUAUAAUAUAUUUUUAUGAGUGAAACUAAAGAAAUGGAAUUUAAAUGGGAAUUUACUUCAUCUAAUAAAUACUAUAAUAAGCAUUUUACUUUGAAUAUUUUAUAUAUUUUUACACAGACAUUAUACGAAAAAUAUAAUACGCAAGUUUUUAUAUGUAAAAUAAUAAUUAGACUGCCGACAUUUAUAGAAUUUUAUAUUCAUGAAUGAAAUUAAGGAAAUGGAAUCUAAAUAGAAAUUUAUUUAAUUUAUUAAAUAUUAUGAUAAGUAAGUACUCUGCUGUAGAUAUCGGUUUAUACAUGUACACACGUUUAUACAUUAUAUACAUUUAUUUGUUUGUUAAAUCUGAUAGGAAGAAACGACUUAUGUUUAGCUGCCUCUUGUCGUUAUUUUCAAUUCAUUGCUUCGAAAUAUGUUAGAAUUCAAAUUGGCAAAAUUAAUUUAUGAGAAAUUAAAAAAUAAUAUCAAUUACAAGUAGAAGAUCAAAACAAAAAGUGAGGAAAUAAAAAUUUGUAGAUAACUAAUUAAUUAAACUCAACAAACCCAAUCUAGAUAUAACAUACUUACAUAAGUCACAAGAUCGAAAGGAAGAAAACAAUUAAUUGAUAAAAUUUUAUUUCUACUCAUUAUGUAAAAAUUCGACCAUCAUUUUUAAAAAUUCGAUCACAAAUUCUGCAGUGUAUGUACUUACAAUUGUAAAACUCAUAAAUAUAUAGGCAACCAAAAUUAAAUUUAACCACAGAUAAAACGUACACAGAGUAAAAAACACUGAAAAUCUGAUAAAAUUCUAUUUUCGUUGAUUUCGUAAUAAUUCGACCUUUGUUGUGAAAAAUUCAAUUAGGAAUUUGGUCGUGUUCGAAAUUUGCGGAUCAAAUUUAACGGCGUCUGGCGUCGACCAUGAGAUUUUUUUGCGAAUUGUCGCAUGAAUCACUUGCUGACAGAAUUGUAUCUGUCAUUAUAAAUUCUAGAGGAUGAACGCACGCUCGACCCUGAUAUCGCCGUGCACGUUCUCUUCAUCCUUCUUUUCUCUGAUGCUGCUCGAGGAUCGAGUUCACCACUGAAUUUAUUAGUGCGAAAAUCAUAGUCACGCGUCCUGCGUGCGAAGAAUCAAUUAAAAUGACGCCUGGAGCGUGCCGUCAUCGAUUCGUCGCCUGCUUUAAUAUUAAAUCGACGUAAUCGUCACAUAAUCGAUGUCGAUUCACGAUACACACGAAUUGUAUAUUAGAUGUAUUAUAUAUAGUGAUUGCAAAAAGUAUUUGUACAUACAUACAUAUCCAUAUAUAUGUACCUACGCUUAUUUUUCAAUGGAACGUUUUUCUAGCAGAUGCGUUUCAUUUCCACAGUAUCAAUUUUUCGUUGUCAUAUGAAAGGAAGUACUUACUAAAUAACAUGAAAUUUAAUUUACUGGAAUCUAAUUAGUUAGUAUAUAAAUGCUAUAAUAAACACAAUAGUGUGUAAAUACUUUCUGUGAACAUUGCGUACAUAUUACACAUACAGUGCUCACGAAAGCUUUUUUUUUCAAUUUAUUGAACGUCGUUAUUUUUUUAUUUAACGUCGCGUUAUAUUAUUAGCCAUUGGCGAACACGUACUGUUACUUUAACAAUUAUAAAACAACAUUCCUCAACUUUCGUUAACUAUUAUUUGAACCGUUAACGUGGAAAAUGUGUAACGUGUAUGUUCAUAGUAUACGAGGCCCAUGAAACAUUUUAAUAUUUCAUUAACACAUAUUGACAAAAUUUGAAGCCAACUUGGAAAUAUGCAUAUAUGGAAAUUACGAGACAUUUAUCGCAAACAUAUAUUCAGUAAAAAAUAGUAAAUUGAAAAUUUAGGAAAAACGUAGCCAUCUUAAGUACCUUGGUACUCGUACAUAGUAAGUGGUAAAUAUGGUCUUGUUGAAUAUCAAAAUUUAUUAGUAUAAGUAAUGGAUAAUUAACUGUUUAAAUAAAUCGUGAUCGGAAUAUUUGUAAAUAUGUAUCUUGUAAAUUCUACAUACAGGAGGCAUUUAUGAAUAUUUACAUAUGUUCCUUAAAUAUAAAAUAUUGUAAUAAAAAUAUUCUAACGCAAAUGUAACAUAUUUUCCUGAUUCUGUCGUGUAUUGUAUAGGUACUAGAAAAUUGUAUACUACACUCACACAUACACGCAGAAAGCGGCCGUAAGUUACGAAAGAGAGAGUAGCUAAAAAAAGAACAAAGCACAAGCUCUAUUUACUAAUUACGAAUUAACGAUAAUUUAGUACUUUCAAUGCAUAAUUUUAUCAUGUUUACUUCAGGUUUCUAUGUACGAUCUGUGAUUCGACGUAAUCGAUGUUCUUUCGUCGAUGUACAAGAAUCGGCCAUGGACAAUGAAUGAUAAAUUCUUGCUGAUUCAGAUGACGACUCGUAGAAUAAGAAUGAGACUUAGAAAUUUGUGAUGAUUAGCAUAUGUGGGAUUUCUCGAUUUAGAUUAAAAAUAUCGUGAUGACCGUUUUGAUACCGAUACGUUUACUAAAUUUUACUGUUGAAUGUUAUUCUGCUGUCGUACGUUAUUAACUUGAUUGUACGUACAGGGGAAUAUUUAAGGGAUUUUUUUUUUAUUUAUAGGGAAUUGUCUUCGAAGUACGAUUAGAAAUUUGAUAGCUGCCGAAUGUCGUUUUUGAAUUAGAACUGCAGCGUGUUAUUAAAUGUUAUAUAUAUUUAUAUAUACAUAUAUAUACAUAGACAGAUGUUUGUUUCACUUAUUAAGCGGUAUAAAAAGUACUGUAUUUUAGAUAUUUUAUGUAUUUAUUCUUAUAUUCUUAUAUACAUAUAUACAUAUACUUAUUUUUUUAUAUACAUUUUGUGUAUUAUGUACAUUCUAUGCAUUUUUUCAGCUUUAAAUUUCCAAUAAAUGGACAAAAAUGCGCAGUCUAGUAAUCUAGUAAUAAGAUAAUUGAAUGUAUGAAAUAGCGUAAAGGUUAAGAGAAUAGUCAACGAUCGAAAUCACUCUAAACCUUAUUAUACCUCCACUCGCUUACUAUGGUAGAAACUAAGAUGAACAAGAAGUAAAUUUAAUUCGAGAAAGAAGGUAACAAAGUUCGAAUAAACGAAAUGUGGUGUUCAUUGAGUACGUGUCUCGAAACGCCGAAAUAAACGAAGGUAAGACGCGACCGGAUGGUGAGCCAACAAUGAUGGAGGAUUCAUCAGUGUUUUAAGAGGUCAAUGUCACUCGAUAGCAAACUGGCAUAAUUCUUUUUAAACAUGCAGUGCGCAUACGAGACUCAGUGUAUAUAAUCCAGCUCGUCGACUUUGGAAAUCAGUCAACUCGACAGUUCAACCGAGUAACUUACUAGCACCACAAUGAAGCUCUUCGUCGCUUUCGUUCUUCUGACCGCCACGGUGAUGGCAGAACCACCAAGAUACCGUCCUCAACAACAAAGGCAAUUCUACUUCGCCAGACAGCAGGAAGAAACUACCACUGUUGCUAGCGCACCUUAUGCACCUUCUGGAUGGAGGUCACCUGGACCAGCCUUCAAUCUUCCCCCAAGAGAACCUCAGAGACAAUACGGAGCACCUAGCGCACCUCAACAGCAAUAUGGCGCACCUGCUGCUCCUCAACAGCAAUAUGGCGCACCUGCUGCUCCUCAACAGCAAUAUGGAGCUCCUAGUGCACCGCAGCAGCAAUACGGAGCACCUGCUGCUCCUCAACAGCAAUAUGGAGCUCCUAGUGUUCCUCAAUCACAAUAUGGGCCACCUGCGGUUCCUCAACAACAGUAUGGACCACCACAGGAAACUACUACUACGGAAGUGCCAGAUACUACUGAAGUAGAUACGGUUGCUAGUGUCACUGAGUCUGAGUCCGAGCCCGUCAACUCCGUGAACGAGCUCGAUGACGAAGAAGUAGAUGAACAACAGCCGCAGCAAUCUGGCGAGUACUACGUAGCCUUACCCGAUGGCCGUCUUCAACGAGUCCGCUACGUCAGCCGCCAGAACAUCGAAGCCAUGAAGUACUUCGCUAAGAUUCGUGCUGAAAACGUGGAACCACUCCGUGGACCCAUCUACGCCUACGCUCCUCUCCAAAAAUUGCAAAUCGUGCCAGCUGGACUGCAAGUGUCUGUCGCUCCAGUUACACCGAUCGCAACACCAGCCGAAUCGAAACCGCAAAAAUUAGAAAUUCAACCGGUUGCUACACAAGUACAGUAUCAAUACGAUAAUCCUGCUGGAGUACUUCCAUUGGGCAGUGGAUCUUAUGCUGCUUACACUGGACCAAGCGACUCUAGAUACUUUUUGACCUUACCGUAGGUCAAUUAGAGGACUUACUUGUGGAUUUAAUGGAUUUAUGCGUAAUUGUAAGUUGACGAGGACCAUGAGCGCCCUAAUUUGAAAGUAGUUUUAAGAGAAUUGUAAAUGUUACGUACAUACGAGAUAUGGAUCGUAUUUUAAGUUACUUGCGGAAACAAUAAAGACGACGUUAACGAGCAA